AUGGGUUUCACGGCCGGGCAGGGCCGCUCGCCCGUCACUUGGUAUCGAUCUUCCAUCUUCUCAGCCUUAAUCGUAGCGAUAACUGCUUUCACAUGCCCCGGUAUCUUUGGCGCCCUCAACGGUAUGGGGGCCGGAGGCGGCGCGAAACCUGAGGUCUCGGACGCAGCCAAUGCCGUCGUUUUUGCUGUCAUUGCUCUCGGAUCGCCUAUUGUCGGUGCAGUCUGUGGAUGGCUGACCCCCAAAUGGACUUUGGUAAUCGGUACUCUUGGUUACGCCCCUUACGCCGCCGGUUUCUUCGUUGUCGACAAAUACGGCCAGGAAUGGUUGCUUUUGUUUGGUUCUGUGACGUGUGGCCUCUCUGCUUGUUUUCUUUGGGUAGCGAGCGGUGCCAUCUUUAUGGGAUAUCCUGAAGAGCACCGCAAAGGUCUUGCAACAUCUUUGAAAUUUAUGCUACAGAAUCUAGGUGCCUCCAUCGGCGGUAUUAUCAGUCUUGCCUUGAACGUCACCCGAAACUACCGCGGCUCUAUCAGCAAUGCCACUUACAUUGUCAUGAUCAUUCUCAUGUGCAUCGGACUGCCCUUCUCGCUCUUCCUCCCCGCCGCCGAUCGAGUCCAGCGCAGCGACGGCCGCAAGGUCAUCCUAAAAAAGAGCAAAUCCAUUCUUAGCGAGUUCAGAAUCCUCUGGGCACUUCUCAAACAGCCAAAAGUGCUUGCGAUGAUGCCAAUGAUGCUGUACGCACAGUGGUUCCUCGCUUACCAGUGGAAGUUCAACUACUCCUACUUCACCGUCCGGUCUCGCGCUCUCAACUCCAUGCUCUUCUACAUCAGCGGGUUCCUCGCCUCCUGGCUCCUGGGGCAGUUUCUCGACUGGCAGAGGUUCUCCAGGAAGACCAGGGCCCGCGUCGGCUUCCUGGUACUGUUCUUCUCAGUCGGCGCAUCCUGGAUCAUCGGCCAAGCUGUGCAGGUUCAUUACGCAAAGACCACGCCGACUCUUGACUGGGCCGAGACCGAGUAUGGGCUCGGCUGCUUUGUGUUCCUUCUUUGGGGCGCAUCUGAUCCCAUCGUCACGACUUAUAAGUACUGGAUCGCAGGAAGCCUAACCAAUAAUGUGAACGAGGCCGCAUUCCUUUCGGCUCUGAUCAACUCUAUCGGAUCGGUUGGUUCGACAUUCGGCUUUGUCAUUGGUGUUAAGAAAUUCAGCCUCGUCGGCGCCUGCGCAAUAAACCUUGCUCUGUUCUUCAUAUCUGCUCCUGGGCUUGGUUGGGUGGCAUACACAGGGAUUUCCGAGACGUCGCACGGAACGAGCCUUACAGGUUUGGCUGACCUAGAUGAUGAGUCAACUCCGUCGUAUGAUGAGGCCGAUGCCUCUACUGACAGCAAAGACGUGGUUACAGCUCGAGCUGCCGAGGUUAAGGCCUAA